UAAACACAGCCGUCGCAUCUCUUUUUUGUAACUAACGCCCCCCGUUUUCUUCUUCCUCUCGCUUGCAGAGCCAUCGAUACCGCGCAUGAUUCUGCCCAGGAACAUGCAGCAACGGAUGUGUUUGCCAAUGAUGUCAAUUAAGGAUCUAACACUCUGGAUGGGCAAGCAGAGAAGCGGGGAUAUUACAUUUCCCUAUCGUUGUGAGAGAUGUGGGAAAGGUUAUCAGCAUCGCGGCACCUUGUUAAGACACACUCGACAUGAGUGCGGCAAGGAACCGCAAUUCAAGUGUCCGUAUUGCCCUCAUAGGACGAAACAACGUGGCAAUCUGUAUCAGCAUAUCCGCACCAAUCAUCCUGGGAAGAAUGUUUUCUCCAGCAGCAUCUAAUGCUCGUAAAUGUCGCGUGCUGACGUUGCCAUUUUUGCAGUCUUCCUGACUGAUUUCUAUUUUUUACCUAGCAACACUUGUAUACGCGCGA